AAACCUCUGGCAGAUGAUAUACGCCUGGAAAAGUAGCCAAAGACAGAAAGUUUUACUCCAACAAACGAACCAUCCCGACGAAGAACAUCUCUCGGAACACUUCCGUGCAAGAUCAAGAGUGUAUAAUUAUCCUGGGCUAAACACCUUCUUUCGAGAGAAGGGUCAUCCAAGAGAGGAGGACUCGGGAGAGGACGCCUGUCCAAGGGAGGACCACCCAGAGAGGACAGCCGAAGGAGGGGUUUUGUAAAGGGCCACCGCGGAAGUCAACUCUCACGUGCAGUGCACAUUCGGGCAGAGAGCUCGGGCGGAAGACUGACAUACUCUCGGUGGUGGAGGACGAUCCUCGAGUACAGAGUCACCCCCGAGCGGAGGACCCGAGCGGAGAAACUGUGCGGAGGACCCAGCUGGAGGACCAGCCCGGGAGGACCGGCCCGGGAGGGUGACGUCGUCGCCGUCGCGCGCCGAGUAUCGAUCGUCGGCGUCGGCGUCGGCUCUUGGUGUCCGUGUGUGUGGGGCGGCCCGCCCAGUGAGCCGCCCGGCGGGUGGUGAGUAGCGACCGUCGACGGUGUCGCUGCGGAAGCACCGACGGACAGCGGUGUCUCGUCGGCGAUCGUUCUUCAGACGUCAUCGCAGGCAGCACGGACUAGCUCUCAGCAUGGACCUCUGACGGAUUCAGGAUGCCGCGCAGGCGAGCGGCGCUGAUGCGCCCGCUGGCCGCCCUGGCUGCGCCGGGCACCUUCCUCUUCUGCAAGCUCUCCCAGCUGCAGGAGACUGCCAAACGACGCGUCACAGAGCGUGAGCUCAAACAGCUCAACCAUAAAAUCGAUAAACUGCUAUUAAAACUGGAUGAAUCGGAAACGGAGCCGGCCAAGUCAAGGGAUGAAGAGUGUGUUGUGUGCAUCAGCUCCAAGGCGACUAUGCAGACCUUCCCCUGCGGACACUGCGUCGUCUGCCGCAAGUGCUUCAUCAAGACCAUCCAGAUGACGGUGGCACAGCGGGCGCUGCCGCUCAGGUGUGUGCUGUGUCGUGAGCGCGUGAUUCGGCUGAAACAAACCUUCAAUUGCUCAUACGCCAUGCGUCUGCCGCUCUCCGUCUCCCAGUACUCCAUGACGUCAUCCGUGACGUCAUCGCCCGACUGGGACCUGCCGUCGUCGUCCUCGCUCUACUCGGUCUCAUCAGGCUGUUCAGUUGUGUCAGCCGACAGCCAGGCGAGCCGCCUCAGUAAGUCUUCCCUCCGCUCCGGAGCCAGCAGCGUCUCGUCCAAGAAACGUGUCACAUUCGCCGUCUCGCCACUGCUGCAUAUUCCGGCGCAGACGGCACAAUCAACGCCGGGGCUCACGUCAUCUCCGGUGCAGGGGAGCAGGCCGGCCCGGCGCGAGCAGACCGCCAGCGAGCAACCAAUCAGAAGAACCGACAGCCGCGGCAAGGUGACCAGUGUGAUGCUGACCGACCGGCGCCUGCCUCCUAUAAAGGAGAGUCACCGUGAGCCGUCCCCGCAGUCUUCCAGCCGCCCCUGCUCCCCGGCACCCUCGUCCCAGUCGGCGCCCGUCAGGUCAAUAAAGUCGGCGGCGGCACCGGUGCGUCGACUGGUGCCGGUGCGUCGCGUCGGCCGUCGCCGCGCUCCCCUCGCCGAUGACGACGAAACAGAGCGACUCCUGCCAGACGACGACGACGAAGUCACCAGGACGGCCUAGCGGGGCCGAGAGGGACCCAGUGGACCCAAUGGGCCCCCAAGGAGGACCCAAGAGCCCAGCCGGUCGGCCCGGCAGCCCUCAGCGGCACCAGCAAUAAGCAGCAGCGUGCCGAGCGGCCAUAGUGCGUAGGCUGUUUGUUCGAGGCGGGCUAGUGGCGCGCAGGUAGACAGAUAUACCUAUACAUAUA